CCCGCCCUGUAGAAAUUUAACAUUUUCAUAGUGAGUUCUAUAAAUACUAAAGCUUUUGGUUCUCAUUUUCAUAGCCAAAAUUUUACAUUUCCUGUAUCAUUAUCUUUUGGUUCUCAUAAAAAUGCCUCUUAAUAUUGAUCUAAACACUCCAUAUAUUGAUCAUGAAAUGAUGGAAUGCAACAUAGCACCAUCCAUUAAUCUAAAUGAUCCUUCUUCAAGUAAUUUUAACUUGUCUUUUAAGGACCUACAUGGUAGUUCAUCAAAUGAAGAAUACAUGGAAGAAGCUAAUAUGUUCAAUUGUGAAAAUGAUUUUGAACAUGGUAUUUUUAAUAUUAAUGAGGACAUUGAUGUUGAUGCUUUAUAUUCAAAUGAAGUUCAUGUCAUGGAAGAAGAGAGUGAAUUUAUUCCAAAUGAAGAAGAUGGAGAGGAGACUGAAUUUAAUCAAUAUGAAAGUGAUGGAGAAACUGAAAGUAUUGCAGCUAUGUCCACAAUGGUUCAACAUGAACCUGAAACUUUUAGGGAAAAAAGAUCAUUUAUAAACAAUGAUCAACGGAAAAUAAUUGCUCAAUUAUUGAUAAAGAAUAGUUGUGGUGGAAAACUAAAAUCCGGAACUGUUAUAUGGUUGGCAUCCAAAUACUCGGUAUCCAUCGAUGUUAUUUAUCGAAUUUGGAAGCAAGUAUCUCAAACAGGUGAUGCGUCUCAUAAAAGAACAAAAAAUUGUGGUCGGAAAAGAGUUGCGGUAGAUAUUGAAAAAGUGCGGGAUAUUUCGUUAGCUAAACGUAGCACUCUUCAGAGCCUCGCAUUUGCCUUGGGCAUUAGCAAAACAGCAUUGUUUAAGUUUGUAAAGGAUGGGACUUUGCGUCGGCAUUCAAAUGCUCUAAAGCCACAAAUGAAAGAUAGCAAUAUGAAAGAUCGUCUUAGAUUUUGCUUGUCCAUGCUUGAAGAAACUAGUCUUCCUCAUGAUCCGGAGUUUAAGUCUAUGCAUAAUAUCGUCCACAUAGAUGAAAAAUGGUUCUACAUGACCAAAAAAUCAGCUAACUACUACCUUCUUGAAAAUGAGAAUGAGCCAUAUCGCACAUGCAAAAAUAAAAAUUUUAUUGGAAAAGUCAUGUUUUUAGUAGCAGUCGCUAGGCCUAGAUUCGAUGACGGUGAUAAGGAGAUAUUUUCGGGAAAAAUUGGCGUCUUUCCUCUUGUUCAAAAAGUUGCAGCAAAAAGGUCAAGUAUCAAUAGAGCUUCGGGUACACUUGAAACUAAACCGAUUACUUCUAUCACUAAAGAAGUUAGUCGAAAUUUUCUAAUCAAUAAAGUGUUACCUGCAAUUAAAGAAAAAUGGCCGAGAGAACAUGCAAUGGAAACAAUUUAUAUACAACAAGAUAAUGCUCCGUGUCAUGUUUCUAUUGACGAUGAAGAAUUUCGUAAAGCAGCUUCUGAAGGAGGAUUUGACAUCCGUUUAUCUUGUCAACCACCGAAUUCUCCUGAUUUAAAUGUUUUAGAUCUGGGUUUUUUCAAUGUCAUUCAAUCAUUACAACAAAAGGAAGUUUCAAAAUCAGUUGAUGAACUCAUUGAAGUUGAGGUUGGUUCUAGAUCAUGGAAUUUACAUAGAGAAGGAAAUAUGAAGAAUGCUAGUUAG